AAAAAUCUUCCACGUGUGAAAAGCACAUUGGUUUCAAAACAAUCGAAAUUAUUUAGUUUGCAUCAAAGUGUCGUCCUAACAAGGUAAAAUAAAAGUUUUUGUUUGUAAAAAUCAUGGCAGCGUCAGAUUUGAGUGUUUACGGAAAUACAAUUAAUUGUUAUAAAAUGUUGUUUUGUAACGAAAACCGAAAAGAUGUAACUUUUAAAUUCAAAGGCUCGAAAACAAAGCUCACCGCUCAUAAGCUCAUUUUGGAAACAGUUUCACCUGUAUUCCAAUCGAUGUUUUCUGGUAAUUUUGUUGAAGACAGCGAAGUAACCAUUGAUGAUAUCAGUCCAGAAGUAUUUAAAUUGUUGCUGAGUGGCAUUUAUCUGAAGGAUAUUCAUAGCCAAAUUCUAAAUGACAACCCUAUAACACUUUAUGCAGAUCUUUAUUACGCCGCAGAAAAAUACGACAUCGAAGACAUUCGGCUAAUCUGUAAAAAGUAUUUAAUAGAAAAUUGCCACAACGGAAACACAACUUUUCUGCUAUCCAAAGCUAAAAUAUUCAACUUACCAGAUUUAGAAGCCACGUGUAAAACUUAUUUUGAGAAAAAUACAUAUUCUGUUCUUCAAACACAAUUAGGACUCCACACGACUGACGAGAUAUUUUCGGAGCUUCUUAGUCUGGAAAACGUUAUUAUUGCAAGAGAAUAUGAUCUUUACAUAGCUAUUGAGGCAAUAUACGAUAACAGGUGUCUUACAAAGUACUCAAAGUGCUUGAGUAUGAUUCGCUUCCUUACUAUGGAAAUAAGCGAGGUUUUGGCGUGUAGGUUAUUGAGCGAUAAAGACAAAGUUGCAGUAAUUACAAAUAUAGAGGCAAAAAAUCGAAACGAGAUUUCGGAAAUUCCAAUGCCAUCUCAUUUGUCGCAUCAAACACAAACGCGUGUUAAUCGGUACCAUCAUCAAAGUCAAAGUCAAGCAUAUUUUUGGACUAAACUUAUGCUAGUUGUUCCGGAUUAUCAAAAAUACUUGAAUCGCUUUAUUAAGAUUUGGAAAUUUUCGAUUCAUAAAAAGAGUGAAAUUGAAUUUUACAUCAAUGAAGGCCGAAACGAUUUAAAAGUUGAUGGAUCCAUUACUCAGAAUACAGUUAUUUUAACCCAAGAAAAACUGUUUAAAUCGCCGUAUUUAUUCUAUUAUUGAUCAAUUACAACUGCUACGCAAUUUUAUCGUAAAUUCUUAA